ACCCUGAACCUUACAGACAUUUCAUGGCUUCUUCCUUGUGCAUCUUUUCUUCUCCAUCAAGCCACACUAACUGAAGAAAAAUCCCUACAAUUCUUCUCAUCGCCUACAAUCUCAAUCCGUAAUGGGAAAAACCUAUGCAGCAGGGCUAUUUGCAGCCCUAGCUUCUGCCAAAUUUGGUACAGAAACUGCUUAUGCCGAUGGUAGUUUCAAUUUCUCUCCGUUUUCCACUUCUUCUUCUACUAAUGCCGCACCGAGUGCUCCUGCUGAUGUUCCUAAGCCACCUCGGCCGACAGCGGAAGCUCCUGAAAAGCCAAAGGUUCGAAAUGAUAAUCCCAGGACUACUUCAGCUGGUUUUGAUCCGGAGGCAUUGGAGAGAGGGGCCAAGGCGUUGAGGGAGAUUAAUAGUUCCAAAAGUGCCAAACAGGUUUUUGAUGUGAUUAAAAAGCAAGAAGAGACGAGGCAAGCAGAGUUAACUGCAAAAAUGCAAGAGUUUAAAGCAUUGCAAGCUCAAGCUGAGAUGGAGAGACAAAGGGUUGUAUACGAUGAACAGAAGAAACUAGCUCAGCAACAGGCACAAAUCAAGUCACAGAUGGCUCGAUAUGAAGAUGAAUUAGCAAGGAAAAGGAUGCAGGCAGAAAAUGAGCAUCAAAGAGCUAGAAAUCAGGAGUUGGUAAAAAUGCAAGAGGAAUCAGGUAUGAGACAAGAGGCUGCUAGACGAGCAACAGAAGAACAAAUCCAAGCGCAGCGCCGACAGACAGAGAGAGAAAAGGCAGAGAUAGAACGUGAAACUAUUAGAGUGAGAGCUAUGGCAGAAGCCGAGGGGAGAGCGCAUGAAGCAAAGCUGGCUGAGGAUGUUAACAGAAGAAUACUAGUGGACCGUGCAAAUGCUGAAAGGGAGAAAUGGAUUGCCGCGAUUAAUACGACUUUUGAGCACAUUGGAGGUGGUUUCCGGGCAAUACUAACGGAUCAAAAUAAGCUUGUUGUGGCUGUUGGUGGUGUGACAGCUCUCGCGGCUGGAAUAUACACAACAAGGGAAGGUGCAAGAGUUGUUUGGAGUUAUGUGGACAGAAUAUUGGGACAGCCAUCUUUGAUCAGAGAGUCAUCUAGAGGUAAAUAUCCCUGGUCGGGCUUCUUCUCACGAGCCAUGAGUUCUCUCAAAGGUGCUAAUGGAGGUUCCGCAACCAAAUCUGAGAAAGGGUUUGGUGAUGUCAUUCUACAUCCAUCUCUUGAAAAAAGGAUUCAGCAGUUAGCCAAUGCCACUGCUAAUACCAAAGCUCAUCAAGCUCCAUUUCGCAACAUGCUCUUUUAUGGCCCUCCAGGAACAGGGAAGACAAUGGUUGCUAGAGAGCUUGCUCGCAGAUCGGGACUUGACUACGCAUUGAUGACGGGUGGUGACGUUGCUCCGUUGGGAUCACAGGCUGUCACCAAAAUACAUCAGUUAUUUGACUGGUCCAAAAAGUCCAAAAAGGGUUUAUUACUUUUUAUUGACGAAGCAGAUGCAUUUUUGUGCGAGCGAAAUAAAACCUACAUGAGUGAAGCUCAGAGGAGUGCCCUCAAUGCACUCCUUUUCCGCACUGGUGAUCAGUCAAAAGAUAUAGUCCUUGCCUUAGCUACUAAUCGGCCUGGUGAUCUUGAUUCAGCUGUUGCUGAUCGUAUUGAUGAAGUCAUCGAAUUCCCUUUGCCUGGUGAGGAUGAGCGCUUCAAGCUGAUCAAACUGUAUCUGGAGAAAUAUAUAUCUCAAGCUGGGGAAAGGAAACCUGGCUUGUUCUCUAACUUAUUCAAGAAACAGCAGCAAAAAAUAGAGAUAAAAGGUUUGACAGAUGAUAUUCUGAGAGAAGCCGCAGCCAGGACGGAGGGAUUUUCAGGCAGAGAGGUCGCAAAAAUGAUGGCUGGCGUUCAAGCUGCUGUAUAUGGGACUGAGGACUGUGUAUUAGAUGCUAACUUGUUUCGUGAAGUGGUAGAUUACAAAGUUGCAGAACAUCAGCAGAGGAGGAAAUUAGCUGCAGCUGAGGGUGACAAGUGAAGAGGUUUUUUCCUUUAGAUGAUUUUUGUCAAAGAAGUUGAUCAAGGGUGCGGUGUCUUCUCAGAAAAUUAUUACCGACAUUCAAAGAAUGGUUUUUAUUCUUUUCUCAAUUAUUUGGGAAAUUUUGGCUUCUUACAAGUUAACAGUUCCAUUGUA